AUGGAACAUCCGCCGGAACCCGAUAAUUCUGCGUCAAUGUCACAGCAGCGAAAGGACGGCAACAAGGCAGUCUUCCAAGCAAAUGGGCUCGUGGACGUCGGCGACGCGAAUGUCUUUACUGGACUCUCUGGCUUACGGCGACUCGAGAUUGUGCGGAACAAGCCCAAGAUUAGGCGGCAGCGGAUAGGGAUACUAGGUCAGCAGCCUCCGGUUCAGCAGCCUCCGUAUGGCUGGCGCAAGGAGGAUAACUUUGGAAAGAGGCGGAUAGCCGCUUGGAAAAUGGGCAGGAAGAGCAACACUGACUUGGAGGUCGGCUCAGAAAAGUGCUGGGCGCGAGCGGAGAUCUAG